AUGACAGUCGACAAACGUCUCGUCUCCAUGGUGAGUCCGGGUGACGCGGUGGACGACUCAGACACAAACCAUGCUGGCGUCUUCUCAUUUUCGUCUUUCACUCUGCCUUCAUUGACGAAGCCGCGAGCAACCACCAAGAGCAAUUUAACCUUCCAGCAAGAGAUGGGUGGCUGUAUCAGCAGACCGAUUGUAGCCGAGAGGGUUCACGCAGGCAUUGAUGGCGGCCUUGCUCGCGCGCAGCCAAUUGAACAAAUCUUUGAGCCAACCUCGUCGCCAAAGAGAACGGCUACUCCCCCUUUUGAACCUUCGUGCCUGCUCACACCCGAACCCGAAGCAGAAGCCCAGCACGUCUACUCUCAUCCUGAGAUGCCGGUAAUUCAAGGACCCAACAUCACACCGCCAUCCACCGUGAGGGACACGAGCAACUGUGCAAGCUUGCAAAUGCCUGAUCCUGCAUGUCCAGAGUCGAAUGCCAGCAAGCCAUCCGCGUCCGCGGGCUCUCGCUUCUGGGAGAUGCUACAGAAUGAAAGACCAGACCACAAGGAGCGCUUCUUUGAAGAUGUCUUCAAUGUCCAACCCAUGGUAGGUGGUAAGGUCAACAGCCAUGUCAUUAGGCCAUAUUACCGACAAGGCAUGAUGGCCGGGUACAUCAGGACUGGAGAAAGCGAUGUCGUCAAACAAGCCAACAUUAACAUUAACAAGUCAGCAGUGCUCGUCAACCAAGAAUUCCGCGCCGCCGGGAGUCGCCUGACUUACGGCAGCUACUUGUUCUACUUCGAGGACCCGAUCAACUGCCUCUGGUGGCUCAAGCACAUUGGCCGGGGGAACUCUUCGAACGUCCGCCGACUGGAAUGCACUUUGCGGUGCGGAUGGCCCGACAUCAGCCAGCCUGACCUCACGAAUUUCGACCAAAGCCAAGAAGAGCUCUGGCAUCGCGUCUUCUGCUAUCUCAAGCCGCGCCACCAACUCACGGACCUCGCGCUCCUGUUCAACACGUGGGGAUCGGUCGACCUCGUUUGUCGAGACGCCGGCGCGCCUGAAUACCGUCAAGAAGAACUCGCCCCGUGGCGCGACAAGCUGCGUGACGUGCUCCACAACUUCCGCGGUCUCAAGAACGCCCUCAUCAUCGAUCAUCGCCGGGUGGCGUUCAGUGUGGAGGAGCGCGCCGAGUUCACGAUGAUGAUGAUCCAGGAUCGUCUGUCCGUGUACCCGCCUCCUCCGCCGCAGCAGAGGUUGACCCUUGCCCUGUUCCUGGAGAAGCGCCGGUCGGAGUUGAGGGUGGAGGAGGCAGCAGCAGUGCAGAAGUCCCGACGAGCGCAGGAGAAUAAGAGAAAGAGACAGGACAAGGAUGAAGGUGAGAACUCGGAGCAGCAGGACGUCGAGAUGGACGGCUGCGGAGCUUAG